AUGUUGUUAAGCGAGUGCUUGAAUCCAAGCAGCGUGGACGUGAUCAGUUCCUUGUUCUCCUUCUCCUGGAACAGCUUUGGCACAGGAAUAUUUGGACUCAGAUCUCCCUUCAACAUAUCAAUGUCGGAAAAAUUGAAGGCCUCUUUGGGAUCACCAAGAGGCUUAUCCUUCAUGUCCUCCUCCAGAUUCUCAACACACAUGCCAACAUACCCAGAACUUGAUAACACCAACAGCAACGGUUUGUCUCAUGUCUCUGACGGCAAAUCUUCCAAGAGGUGGGUACUCAGUGAAGGUCUCAACACACAUUGGCUUGGAUGGGAUCAUCUUGACGAUAGCAGCAUCACCAGACUUGACGAACUUAGGGUUCUCCUCCAUCUUCUUACCAGUUCUUCUGUCGAUCUUCUCGAGCAACUGGUCGAAUCUACAAGCAAUGUGGGCGGUGUGGCAGUCCAAAACUGGAGAGUAACCAGCGGAGAUUUGACCAGGGUGGUUCAAGAUGAUGACUUGAGCGUUGAAAGAAGCAGCACCUUGAGGUGGGUCGUUCUUGGAGUCACCACAGACGUUACCUCUUCUGAUUUCCUUAACGGAAACGUUCUUGACGUUGAAACCAACGUUGUCACCUGGAACACCCUCAGCAAGCUGCUCGUGGUGCAUCUCAACGGACUUGACUUCAGUGGUAACACCAGCUGGAGCGAAAGUAACAACCAUACCAGCCUUGAUGACACCGGUCUCGACUCUUCCGACUGGAACAGUUCCAAUACCACCGAUCUUGUAGACAUCUUGCAAUGGCAAUCUCAAUGGCUUGUCAGAUGGUCUGGAAGGUGGCUCAAUGGCGUCAAUAGCCUCCAAAAGAGUCUUACCCUUGACGACACCAGCCUUGGUCUCCUUUUGCCAUCCCUUGUACCAUGGGCAGUUAGUAGAAGCCUCAAUCAUGUUGUCACCGUUCCAACCAGAAAUUGGGACGAAUGGAACAGUCUUAGGGUUGUAACCAACCUUCUUGAUGAAGUUAGAGGUUUCCUUGACAAUUUCCUCAAAUCUGGCCUCGUUCCAUUGAACAGAGUCCAUCUUGUUGACAGCAACAAUCAAUUGUCUGACACCAAGGGUGAAAGCAAGCAAAGCGUGCUCUCUGGUUUGACCAUCCUUGGAGAUACCAGCCUCGAACUCACCGGUACCACCAGCAAUAAUCAAGAUAGCACAGUCAGCCUGGGAAGUACCAGUGAUCAUGUUCUUGAUGAAAUCUCUGUGACCUGGAGCGUCGAUGACGGUAACGUGGUACUUUGGAGUCUCGAAUUUCCACAGAGCAAUAUCGAUAGUGAUACCUCUCUCUCUCUCAGCCUUCAACUUGUCCAAAACCCAAGCGUACUUGAAAGAACCCUUUCCGAGCUCAGCAGCUUCCUUUUCAAACUUCUCGAUGGUUCUCUUGUCGAUACCACCACACUUGUAGAUCAAGUGGCCGGUAGUGGUAGAUUUACCAGAGUCGACGUGACCAAUAACAACGACGUUAACGUGAGUCUUUUCUUUUCCCAUUGCAAACUUUUGACGAAUCCAUAUGACCAGAUGGAUGACGCAUCUAUCUCUAAUAGUAUUUCCACAAUAUCCAAAAGAAGGAGGAGACGGACAGGAAGUUUGCGUUUGAGUAAAAAGCCCCUUUCCAAUCCUACCCAAAUGUUCAAUGUAUGGGGUGUUUUACAAGUAAACGACAAUAACAAGGUUGCCGAAAUGAAGGGGCUGGGGGAGUACGAAUUUAUGUUUGGAAAAGAUCAGGAAGAGAAAGAGCAGAUCGCCAAUCCGGAUACAAACAUGAACUCCUCUAUUCUAAAAUCAAUCAUGAAGCCAAAUAAAGUGGUUGACGAAGAACAAUUUAGAAAGAAGACGGUUUCCUUUAGAGACGAGAUCUCUGUUCGAAGUAACUCGCUCAACAGUAUGAACAAGGCGACAUCUAUCCAUGUCUAUCCGGGGAAUAAAAAACGAAACUAUAGGCAAUGGCCAGUUCAGACCAAGUUGUUGAAUCCUGGUUUGUUUCAACGACCAACAAGCAAAGAACUUGCAGAACUUAAAGACGAGUCAUCCGAACUGGAAGGGCUUUGUUUUGAACCUGAUCACAACACGCCUGAAAAUGUUGACCACACAUUGGAUACAGUGUUUGAUGCCAGCUCUCCAGAAGAGAUUCGCGAAGCUCCUCAGGUCGACAAAUUGGACGAGCUUGGAAAGGCAUCAUUUGUAGGUACUAAACUGAGUCCUCUGUUUGAAUCGCCCAAAUCAACGCCUGGGAUCCAAGAUGCUGCUAGCCCAGUGGAAACGGUGAUCGGUGAAUCACCAAAACCCCAAACUCCGAUCACCGAUGACAUAGACUUACACGAAAUUGACGAAAAGAUCAAGACUCUCAAGCAAAAGCGGAAAGAACUGGUCAAGAAACAACGCCAGAACUGGUGGUUCCAUGGCGGGCUAUUCAAACCCAGAAAAGCAAAGUUGAGUAGCCAUUCCCCGCCAGCGUCUGAGUUAGAGACCGAGCAAGCCACCGAGUUCAAUAAUACCUUGACCAUGCUUGAAUCCUUAGAGGCUCCCGAGCCUGAAACAGCGCCCAGCGAAUAUUCUACGCUGCUCUCUUGCUCGUCGGACUGCGACACAACGGGCAGCAGACAACGGCUAGAUCUGCGGGAAUUCUUCAAGAAAAAACACGUUUCUUCGAGGCCACAGGCUAGUGAUCCUGGAACGUCUGUUUUGGAAGACUUGCGUCUCACAUCUCUGACUCUUUCAUCCAGGGGGUCGGAAACGUCGCACGUUCCGGGCAGUUACGACGAUUUUUCCAUUAUGGACUCCGGCCAAUUCACAGCCAACCGGCCUCUAGACAACCCAACUGGUCAAGAGAGACAUUUGAUUCGUGGCGCGUGA